AUGUGUUUGAACUUAAUCAGCUGCUAUUUGUUUACAAAAUUGCCUUGUGAUGUAGUAGUGCCAAAAAAUGAAAUUUGGAUUCAUUUUGAACCAGUAGGAAGUGAAAAAGCUAAAUGCAGAUUAUGUGGAACAAACUAUUCAAUAAAAGGUGGUUCUACUUCAAAUUUGAGAAAGCAUUUAAACAUUAAGCAUCCCACGGUCCUAAGCGCCGUUAAACGGAAUCGUGAAGUUGCUUUCCAUGAAGUACUUGGCGAAGGGAGUAGCAGCACUAACUCACCAACGGUAGUUCCAUCAACCUCUGGUUUGGUGGCUGCACCAAGAAUAACGCAAACUUCUCUUGAAAGUUUUGUAAUGCGACCAUUAUCACUCCCACGUCAAAUAAAGAUUAACAACUUAAUUUUGGAUGUAAUAGUUGAAGAUGUACAGCCAUUUUCUAUUAUUAAUGACACUGGUUUUCGUAAACUCGUGUUGGGUCUCGAACCAUCUUAUAUGUUUCCAUCAAGAACAACAUUUAGUACAACUUUUCUUAUGGAAAAAUAUAAUAAAGCGAAAGAAUCAAUAUUAGAUAUCUUACAAGAAGCUAAAACUAUUUCAUUAACAACACAUAUGUGGACUUCUAAUGCUAAUGAAAGCUAUUUGGCUGUGACAGCACAUUUCAUAUCCCAAAAUUGGAAAUUUAACUCCUGUUUGCUUAGCUGCGUGGAAUGUAGGUUCCAGCAUACCUCAGAAAAUUUGGCAGCAGAAAUUAAGCGAAUAAUAGAUGAAUGGCGUUUGACUAAUAAAAUAUUUGCUGUAACAACAGACAAUGCAGCAAAUAUUAUACGUGCUGUUACUUUGUGGAAUUCAACCUAUUAUAUGUUCGAUAGGAUUAUAAAAAUAACUGAAGCUAUAUCAGCUACUAUUGGUAUUUUACGCAUUCCACUGGAGGCCCUAACGGAAAAUGAUUGCUGUAUUAUAAAAGAAAUUUUAAAUAUUUUAAAACCAUUCGAACAAAUUACGACGGAAAUGAGCUCAGAAAAUAAUGUCACUCUAUCUAAAGUAAUUAAUAUUGUACGAGGAUUGAAUGCGGUUUUAACCAAACUUUCUAAGGAAAUAACAUCAAUAGAAGGGAAAAAAAUGGCUGAAACACUUAAGGACUCUAUUUCCACCAGAUUUGUUAAUUUGGAAGGCAACUCCUUAAUGGCGACAGCAGCGUUUCUGGACCCCAGGUUUAAAAAAAAAGCCUUUUCAAGUGAUAUCGCCUUUCAAACUAUAAAACAAAGAGUUCAAAGUGAAAUAACUGCUCUUAUUAAUAAUAAGAGUAUAUCGAAUGAAAGGCUAUGCAAUGAAUCCAGGAGUACUUCAAGAAACGAUGACGAGGAUUUAGUUUGGCAAGAUUUUGAUGACUCCUUGGUGGGUAGUCAAACUCAAACUCCAACAGCCUUAGCUAUAAUCGAGAUACGAAUGUACUUAGAGGAGCCAUUAGUUGAUCGAAAAUCAAAUCCACUUGAAUG